CGAGGCGUGGGGCGGACCGCCCGCCCAAACCUCCCAACCAUAUAAAAGCCGCACCGAAGUCUUUCACGGCAUAACGCACCACAUCACCGACUUAACAACAAUCCCGAAGCAGCACUAUUGUGAAAGAAACAAUGCUUCGAGCCAGCAGAGUUGUGGUGUUUGCCGUGGUCACGUUAGUUGUCUGCUGCAAUGCCGACCCUCGUCAGGAGCAAGAAGAGCACAACGCAGCUGAUCGUUACGACAAUGAGAUAAGAGAAAGACAGGAAUUGGAAAGAUUUCUACAUUUUAUAUUACAAUCGCAAAUGAGGAACGGAUAUGAACGGAAUCUGGAUGGGAUCGGAGGCGCUUUAUUAGGCCGAAGUCUUGGAAAUGGAAGAAUUAGUGAUGGACUUGGUGGCAGUAGCCUUUUGGGAAGAAGCCUUACGGGUGGCAAAAAUUUGGACAACUUAGGUGGUUCAACUCUACUUGGUAGAAGUAUUGACAAUGAACAUUACGCACGAUUUGUUGAUUCUCUUGGUGGGGGGAAUUUCGUCCGUACCCUAGACUCCAUUGGAGGAGGAAAUUUGGUACGAAAUCUGGAUUCUAUCGGUGGGGGUAACCUGGUAAAGAAGAACUUAGAUGCUAUAGGUGGACCGAAUCUAGUUAAACGGCACGUUGACUCUCUUGGUGGAGGUAACUUCGUACGUAAAUUAGAUUCUAUCGGAGGGGGAAACUUUGUCCGUGAGCUUGAUUCCAUAGGAGGUGGUAACUUAGUGUGAAUAUACAUUUAUCAUUUUAUUAGUGAUAUCAUCUGCAAGCUGUAAUUAUCAAUUUGUUUUAAUGUAUGUGAUUCUGAUUAAAAAAUAAAUACGCAUAA